AUGGUUUCCCAAGACUAUGGUCAGGUGGUGUCAUGGUGUAUUUGUACGGUAGCCACGGUUCCUUUUGUCGCUCUGCGUAUGUGGACGCGAUGGAAGAGAAUCGGCAGGUUCGGCAUCGACGACUACCUCGUUGUGCUGUCGUUGCUGUGUCUCAUUGGGGACCUCGCCAUCCAACAACACAUGUGGAACCUAGGUCUUAGUCAGAUCCCAUCAAUACCGCCAGAGAAAUUCAAAGGCAUAAUGCAGAUGAUUAUCCCUGGAUCAACCCUCUACGUUACCUCUCUUUGGGCCAUCAAGUUCGCCCUCGUCUUCUUCUACAAGAGUCUUGCCGCGCCAGGGUCGCGACUGGUCACUGUGUACAAUAUUGCGCUUGGUGGUUUGGCCGUCACAUAUCUCAUCAUCUUCUUCGAUAUCCUCUUCCAGUGCUACCCACACGAUAGGCGAUGGUCCAAUGACCCAACAUAUCAAUGUAGUCCACGAGCCGCAGAGAUCAACUACUGGAUUACCAUUUUUUUUAACAUCUUCACUGACGUAAUCAUCAUCGCCCUUCCCAUCACAAUGGUAUCCCGAUUGCAGAUGAAACUCAAGCAAAAGCUUGGUGUAGCCGGCAUUUUUGCGCUUGGUUUCCUUGUCGUCAUUGCUAGUUGCAUCCGUGCCUACUACUCUAAACGCAACCAAACAAUGUUGACGUGCACGGUCUCCAUGAUUGAAACCGCCAUUGCCAUCAUAGCGACAUGCCUUCCCGCCCUACGCUCUACCCUUCUUGGCACCAACACCACAAAGGGCAGCUCAAGCGGCUAUGGCGGUCGGCACUACGAGCUCUCGUCUGCACGGCGCAAGGCUAGUGAAAACCGGCUCAACUCGAAGCUGAACAGCAGCCAUCAAACCAGCAGCACCGGCGGCCUGCAAUCUCACACUCGCGCCAACGGCUCCGAGGACUCGCUCUUCUCCAACGAAAGCCUAAACGCUGCCGAGACAGGGACGGCAGGAACAGCGGUAAAGGGUAUCCGCGUGAAUACGCAAAUCGAAACCAUGUUUGAGGAAGGAAGACGCGAUAGCAGUAGUCCAAACGUUAAGAGUCCAUUUGCUUGA